UAUAUUUCCAAUAUUUAAAUGAAUACUUGCAAAAUCAUUGUGCUAACAAUCACUCUACUGAGCCUGAGUGCUCGGAGUGCCAUUUACGAAGCGAGGAACUCUGAUGACGUAGACUUCUUUAUGACGCAUAAUCCUCAGGAGAACUCAGCCCUGUUGUUUUACGAUCCUAAUGAGGAGGCUUCUUUCGAGACAGGAAAAAAUAUUGAGAAAGUAUCUGGUGUUUUCAAGAAUAUUGGUGAGGAAGGUAGGACACAGGAGAGCUGGGUCGACCAGCUAAAUGACAAAGUCCAUUUGAUGCGUAUUGAUGUUACUAAAUUGGAAAAUUCACAAGUCGUUAAUGAUUUUAGAGUCAACCAGACUCCACUGUUGAUUCUGUUUGAUCAAGGCGAUGUGCAGUUGAUGGAAGUAAUCUCCGGGAAGACUUUUGAGCAUGUUAAAGAUAUCUAUCAGCAGAAGAUUAAUGAGCGGUUCGGGGGUGGGGAGUCUGGUGAAGUGUCAGAUAGAGAGAUUCAGGUAGCUCAGAAGGCAGCAGAUGAUGCGAAGAAAGCAGCAGCAGAUGCUUUAGAGGCACUUGCUCAAGCGAAACAAGCAUUAAAAGAUCAUAUAGAAAAGCAAGAUCAGCAGAACCAAGAACAAAAUAAUGAGCAGUCUCAGAACAGUUCUCAGAAGUGAGCUGAGGGUUCAAGAAAAGAAGGGUCUACCCCAGCUGUUGAAAAUUUGUUGUCAGGAGUUCCGGCUGGGUACCAACUUGAGUAUAUGCCAGUGUUGACCAAAGUUAGUCGUUAA